AUGCCAAGCGAAGGCGGAAAGAGCUGCGCCCGCAGCCGCAACGCCGAUAGCAGCAGUCGCUGGUGUUUGAUUGAGAGCGACCCCGGUGUCUUUACAGAGCUGGUCGAGAAACUUGGAGUGAAAGGCGUUGAAUUUGAUGAGGUCUUUGGCGUCGAUGAAGCGUCUUUCGAGACUCUGAAACAGAGAGACCGCAAGGUUUUCGGGUUCGUUUUCCUCUUCAACUGGACAAAGGAUGCGGCCGGCAAGGCCUCUGGAGGCGUGGCUGACGAAGACGUCGUGAUGGACGAAGCUGAAGCCGCCUCCCAGUGCCCUCCGGAUCUUUUCUUCGCGAAACAGGUCAUUGAGAACGCAUGCGCGAGUCAAGCGAUCUUGUCUAUAUUGGUUAACAAAAGAGAUGAAAUCAAAGAGAUCGGCCCGACGCUGACUGCCCUCGUGGACUUCACGAAAGAUUUCCUCGACCCCCAAAUGCGAGGGGAAGCCAUUGGUAACUCGGAAGCUAUUCGAGCUGCGCACAACUCGUUCAAGAGUUCGAGCCCCUUCGACUGGGCCGAUGACGAGGACGACAAGGAGAAAGAGGACGCGUUUCACUUUGUGUCUUACAUCUGCUUUAAGGGCCACGCCUAUGAGAUGGAUGGCCUACAGCCGGGUCCGAAGUGCCUGGGCUCCUGCGACGAGAGUUCGUGGAUUGAGCUCGUCCGGAAGCAGCUUCAAAAGAGGAUUGAGACGAUCCAGAAGGCUGCGAGCGGCGAGCUGCGGUUCAACCUCAUGGCUGUGACAGAAGAUGCCCUCUCCAAGCUUCAGGAAGAGAUCUUCCGGUAUAGGGUGAUCAUCCAGCGGGCGAACAUCAAAUUGAUAAGCUCUGGCAAAGACCUCGAGCUGACGGACGAAGUUGACGAAGACCUCGCGCCCAGCAACACGCCGACUCUCGACGAACUUCCCGACGGCAUCGCAGAACUCGAAAAUGUUGUUGAGGAGGCGGAGAAGAAGAAGAAAGCCUUGAAGGAGCAGGAAGAAGAAGAGCAUUACAAGCGCGCUCGGUGGAAGAAGGAAAACGUUCGAAGACGUCACGAUUUCGUUCCUGUUCUCCUCAGCGUUCUCAAGCACCUUGCGAAGCGCGGAGAGCUCGUGGAUGCCGUGAAAGCCGCCCAGGAAGCGACGGCGCUUCGUCAGCAAGAGCGGAAGAAAGUCAAAACUGGCGGACCUGCGCCAAACAACUAA